AUGCGAACGUGCCAGCACCCGCCCCCCAGGCGCACGGAUCUCGAGCUCGCAGCGCCGGCCCCCAGGUUGUUGCGGACGCCUCCCCAGAACAUGAUGAACCGGGCAGGGUCUCGCUUGAAACCUAUCGCGCCGCGGCCCGCGGUGGACUCGUUCUCGCCCUCCGGCGCGGUGUCAGCGGUGUCCCUGGACCCCAAGGACUACGUCUACCCCCAUGCGGACUAUGUCUGGGGCGUGCCGCAGCAGAUGCACGCCGGCGUCAUGCACGAGCAGCAUGGCUACGCCAACCCGUGCAUAGCGGCCAAUCCUGGCAUGUACAGUGGGUACGGGGGCCUCGUGUCACCUUGGGGACAGCCCGCGAUGCCGCAGUACCACUCCCAAGUGGGCCCGUCCACCUCAGGGCACAUGCCCACCCCGCAGCCAUCGCAGCCGAUGACCCAGGACCUGCAGCAGCCCAGGGUGCCACACAUCGUCAGCAAUGGGGGCAAAGACAAGGACGGCACCCUCCCUGCCGAGGGAGAUGCCGCGCAGGUGGUGCCAAAGCUUGAAGGUGUGGACGAGCUGCUGAGCAUGCCUCUGGACGAGGAGUGCUUGCAGCGGCUGCUCAGCGGCGAGGGCCUAGAUGAGGAUGGACCUGUGACGAUGGACCUGGGCACAUCCCACAGCUGCAAGGAGCAGGGGGAUCUCUCUGGGGACUCCACCUGCACCGGCGAGGCCAAGGCAAAGAAGGCGGGGCAGUCAUCAGCGGAGGAGGGCAACAGCGCUUCAGGGGCCGAGGACUUGCUGACAACCAACGAGCUGAAUCGCUGCAUGGCCGACUCCUCAGUCCUCAAGAGCGUGGCCAGUUUUGGCGAUCUGGACCUGGACUACCUGGCGUCCAUCCACGAGCUGGAGGCAGGCGACGAUCACAUGCUCAGCUUCGACGGCGAGUGCGGCUCCUCGCUGCACGGCGGCUGCGCGGCAGCUUCCAAGAGGGGCGACGUCCUUGCGCGCAUGCGCAGCGAAGCCACGCUGCCGUCCUCAAAAAAGAGCAACCCGCUGUCCGCACUUGGCCCCGAUGCCGGGCUGCAGUGCGUGCUGGACUUCCUCGCCUCCGACAGCCUCAGGUGCCUCCCUGAGAAGCAGCGCACAGCGGCAACCGAGUCGGUGCGCGCACUGCGGCUCAGCUGCCAGGCGCGGCAGCAACCAGAUGGCGAGGAGAAGUUGGGUCGCGCAAACUCGGUGCCCAAGCGCAAGCGCACCAAUCCACCACGCUCCAGCAGCUCCAAGAGCUUCAAGGCCGACGCCGAUGCCACCGCCGCCGUCUGA